AUGGAUCCGAAGUUCAAUUGCAUGUACGUGGUUAUUCUCAUGGCGGUUUAUUGGACUACGGAAGUGAUUCCGAUCAACGUAACGGCGCUUAUACCAAUUCCACUUUUUCCAUUAUUAGGAGUUUUGGAUACCAGGAGUGCAUGUAUGGAAUAUUUGACAGACACAAAUAUAAUGUGUAUAGGAAGCUUGGUGUUUACUAUAGCAAUAGAAUAUUGCAAUUUGCACAAUAGACUUGCUCUUCUGAUCCUUAAAAGCAUUGGUUGCAGUCAUUAUAAGUUGCAUGCAGGUUUUGCAGCGCUCACUUCGUUUGUAUCGUUGUGGUUAACAAAUAUGGCUGCAACGGCCAUGAUGUGCCCAAUAGUGAUGGCAAUUUUGACAGAAUUGGAAAAUCAAGGCUUAUCAACUGUAUACGAAAACAGAAUUUCCGUUGGUCCCAAUGCAAAUAUCAAUGACCAGAAAUUAAUUGAUGAUCCUGUGCCCACGAAAUUGACUGUAGCAUAUUAUUUGACGUUGGCCUAUGCAUCUACUAUUGGAGGUACAGGAACCUUGAUUGGCACCGGGACAAAUAUGACCCUCAAGGGUAUUUUCGAAAACAUAUAUAGCGGUGUGGAACUAAGUUUUCCUCUAUGGUUGAUUGUGUGGCUACCACCGAUGGUAAUAACAAUAAUAUUCGUAGAAUUGGGAAUGCAAAUACAAUAUUUGGGAUUGUUCAGGCCUAAAAGCAAAGACGCAAAGGUUGCAACCAUUUCACCCGAGGCACAGCAGUCCAUACAAGAGGUUAUAAACGCAAAAUACAAGGAACUUGGCCCAAUGACUUGCCACGAAAUUACAAUUCUAAUUCUGUUUAUUUUAAUGGUUCUACUUUUCUUCUUCAGAAGUCCUGGAUUUAUGCCAGGAUUCAGUGUGCUGUUUGUUAAUAAGAAUAUACCAGCAGAUCAGCAGAAGAAAUAUCUGAAAGAUGCUGCAGCUGUCGUAUUGUUAAUUAUCUUGAUGUUUAUUCUGCCAAAAAAAUGUGAUUGCUUUAAUUUUUGUCGAAGAAAGCCUGACUACAUACCGGAUAAAACUGGCCAGGCUGCUAUUACCUGGAAAUAUAUAAAUAAUAAAUUACCAUGGGGAUUUGUUUUCUUGCUUGGAAGCGGGUUUGUGUUAGCAAAAGCAGGAAAGGAUUCUGGCAUGAAUGAUUACAUUGGUGGAAAACUAAAUUACUUUUCUGGUUUGAAUCCAAUCCUUUUGAUAUUAGUCGUCAUGAUUUUUGUCAAAUUUCUAACCGAGUUCAUAACGAAUAUCGCUGUGGCUAGCCUCACAUUGCCUAUUCUAGCAGCUAUGAGUAGUAAAACGCUAAAGAUUCAUCCUAUGAAUUUGAUGAUGCCGGCAACUAUAGCAAGUUCACACGCUUUUGCGUUGCCAGUAGGCACACCAGCUAAUGCGAUUAUCAGGGAAUAUGCUUUUGUACCUACACCAAGAAUGAUGAUCGGUAGCUUGUGGCCUAGUUUUGUGAAUUUGUUUGUAAAUUGGUUACUUUUCAUCUCAUACGGAAAAUUAGUAUACCCUGAAUUGAAUACAUUCCCAAGCUGGGCGAAACAAGUUCUUCUGAAACUUGCAGAUGGUACUUUACAGAUGCUGUGGCUUUAUGUUUGGGAACAAUGCUUAUGGCAAUAG